UAAAAGGCUCCUCCACUAUGCAUCACUGUUAAGGUAGUGAUAACCUUGGUUGGGUUUUUUAGUCAUAGUGAGCAAACAACGCAAGAUGCAAAUCUUUUGGUGUCUUUUGGUGUCUAUGUUGGGGGUGACUGAGGGUGCAGAUUGGUGCUAUAAAUCCCAGGUCUCCUGUGAAAACAAAUGCAAAGGGCCAGAUGAAUGGAAGGACAUAGCAUCAACCUGUGGCAGCGAACACCAGUCACCUGUUAACAUUGUAACAAAAAGGGUGGUUACUAACAACCUGACCCCCUUCAGAUUUCAAGGUUACCAACAUGCUUUCCACAGCAUUAUCACAAAUAAUGGUCACACAGUCAAGGUUAACUUGUCAGGUGAUGCUGUGAUUGAUGGUGCAGGGCUCAGCGAAAAUUACAAAGCAGUGGAAGUCCAUUUUCAUUGGGGCAAGAAUGGUGGUCCAGGAUCAGAGCACACUAUUGAUGGAGAGCAAUACCCUAUGGAGAUGCAUAUCGUUCAUAUAAAGCAAAUGUACAGUUCUGUUCAAGAGGCUAUUAAUGACUCAUCUGGUGUAGCAGUUCUUGGAUUUUUGUACGAGGAAUCAGAAAGUGCAAACAAGAAAUAUGAGUCCAUCAUAAAUGCUCUGCCUAACAUCACACUCCCUGGCAACAAAUCCACGCUAGGACCUGUGAGUCUGGAUAUGCUUAUUCCUUCCCACGAUACGCUGAUGCACUACUUCCGCUAUAAGGGCUCUCUGACUACCCCUGACUGUGCAGAAUCAGUAAUUUGGACUGUAUUUGAAAACACUAUUAAACUCAGCAAGAUGCAACUGUCUGCAUUCUCUGAUCUCUGGUUUGAAAACGGGAUUGCCAUGACUGAAACAUUUCGCCCUGUGCAGCCACUCAAUGGUCGAGACAUCUUUUACUCUGGAAGCAAUACUGCAUCUGUCAGCACAGUACUAGUUGUUAGUACUUUAAUCAUUUCCUUUUUGACUCUUUAGGAAAAAAGGGAUAUGAAGUCUAUCAGUGAUCAGUGUGAGUGACUGGAGAAUUUGUACGUUAAAUGCUUUUAUUUGAACAACCUUAGUCUUUGUUACAGUAAAAAAAUAUUCAGAUGUUCCUCUUUCGAGCUUUUGUAGCAUUGUUUUUAGCAUGUGUUUACGACAAUUUUGUAGUGUUAUAGAGAUAGAAUAUAGAGAUAAAAAGCACAUAUCUAUAUAUACAAAGAGAAACUAUAACUAGAGACUAGUCAGCAUUUUUAUCUUUCUGUAACACUGUUGUUCUAUAGCAAAAUGCUUGAGUUUAGCAUGACCUAUAUAUAUGUAUCUUAUAGCCAGUAGAAGAGUAUGAAAUAAAAUGUUCUUUAUUGUUCUA